GUUACCGGGAGGAGCGGCGGCAGAGCGAUGUGGAGCUCGGCAGGAUGUCUUCCACCUCCUCCUGGUCCCGGAGCCUCAGCCUCCUGCAGCUCUUCCUCCUCUUCCUCCUUCUGCAGCUCUUCCUCCCUCCCUGCCUCCCCCACCCGCAGCCGUGCCUCCUCCUGCAGCGGAUCGGGCACAAGGUGCGGGUCGGGGCACUUCUCCCGGCGCAGCGGGGGGUCCGGGUCCGAGUCCAGGCGGCGCUCAACCGGGCGGUGGAGGAGAGGGACAACCGGGAGAACCGGGACCCGGAGAGGGAGAAGGACCGGGACCCGGAGAUGAGGACAAACUUCUUUCUCCCGUACAACUUGAGUCUGGAGCUGGUGUCCCGGCAGCCGGCGGCGGCGGACCCGGACUCGGUGCUCCGGUGCGGGUGUGCGGGUCUCGGGGCGUCGGGGGUCUCCGCGGUGCUCGCGUUCCCGCAGAACCGAGAGGAGCUGCUGCAACUGGACCUCAUGUCCUCAUUCAUGGAGAUCCCGUUCAUCAGCGUCCUGGAGCAGGGAGAGCCUGUCCAAACACAG